GAAGGCUGAAUCCGGCGCCGGGAAGAGUGAAAGUGGGGUUUUCCGGGUCUUGCGGCUAUAUCCUGCUUUUCUCUACUCUGGUCACUUUUGGACAACGUAAGCAUGAACCAUUUCCACAAAGAAUAGCUCAGUUUGUGCCCUACCACUUUCAAUCCACGUUGAGACGUUUAUGAAGAGGAAGAAAUGUCUUCUAUAAAAAGAAGCCCAAAGCAAGAAAUAAUUUCCCAGCUUCACUAUUCAGCUGCAGAAGGAGAUAUUGCCAGACUAACAGUACUCCUCAGUCAUUCUCCAUCUCUUCUCAAUGAAACUUCUGAAAAUGGCUGGACUGCUUUAAUGUAUGCUGCAAGGAAUGGGCACCCAGAUGUUGUCCAAUUUCUACUUGAGAAAGGGUGUGACAGAUCCAUUGUCAAUAAAUCAAGGCAGACUGCACUGGAUAUUGCUAAAUUUUGGGGUUAUAAGCAUAUAGCUAACUUACUAGCUAAUGCUAAAGGUGGGGUGAAGCCUUGGUUCCUAACUAAUGAAGUGGAAGAAUGUGAAAAUUAUUUUAGUAAAACACUAUUAGACCGAAAAAGUGAAAAAAGAAAUAAUUCUGACUGGCUACUAGCUAAAGAAAGCCAUCCAGCCACAGUUUAUAUCCUUUUCUCAGAUUUAAAUCCUUUAGUUACUCUAGGUGGCAAUAAAGAAAGUUUCCAACAGCCAGAAGUCAGGCUUUGUCAGCUGAACUACACAGAUAUAAAAAAUUAUUUGGCUCAGCGUGAAAAGAUCACCUUGAUUUUUCUUGGAGUAGAACUUGAAAUGAAGAAAGAGUCUUUCAAUUAUACUGGAGAAGUCCCAAGAGAAGAAGAUGGGUUGGUUGCCUGGUUUGCUCUAGAUAUAGAUCCUGUUGCUGCCGAAGAAUUUAAGCAAAGACAUGAAAAUUGUUAUUUUCUUCAUCCUCCAAUACCUGCUCUUCUGCAAUUGAAAGAAAAAGAAGCUGGGGUUGUAGCUCAAGCAAGAUCUGUUCUUGCCUGGCACAGUCGAUAUAAGUUCUGCCCAACCUGUGGAAGUGCAACUAAAAUUGAAGAAGGUGGCUACAAAAGAGUAUGCUUAAAAGAAGACUGUCCUAGUCUCCAUGGUGUUCACAAUACAUCAUAUCCAAGAGUUGAUCCAGUAGUAAUCAUGCAAGUUAUUCAUCCAGAUGGGACCAAAUGUCUUUUAGGCAGGCAGAAAAGAUUUCCCCCAGGCAUGUUUACUUGCCUUGCUGGAUUUAUUGAACCUGGAGAGACAAUAGAAGAUGCUGUUCGGAGAGAAGUAGAAGAGGAAAGUGGAGUCAAAGUUGGCCAUGUUCAGUAUGUCUCUUGUCAGCCAUGGCCAAUGCCCUCCUCCUUAAUGAUUGGUUGCUUAGCUGUGGCAGUGUCUACAGAAAUUAAAGUUGACAAGAAUGAAAUAGAGGAUGCCCGCUGGUUCACUAGAGAACAGGUUGUGGAUGUUCUGACCAAAGGGAAGCAGCAGACAUUUUUUGUGCCACCAAGCCGAGCUAUUGCCCAUCAGUUAAUCAAACACUGGAUUGGAAUGAACCCCAAUCUCUAAAUCAAAUAACUAGACUUUGAGUAUUAAUUGAUUUCUAAUAACUUAUUCCUCAAGUGAGAUUAGAAAUAUUUAGUGCUCUUUGGAAUGUCACAACACAAAAUAUCAUAUUAGGUUUCAGAAAUAUUUUCAACAUGUACUUUCCAUCUUAACCAUAGAACUUGUGCUUUUAUAAAUUACAGGACUGCCUCAGAUUUUGUUAAAAUCCAAGUCAGCCUCUCCAAACACUUUUUUGGUUGUACUCCACAAUUCUAUCUCACAAAACCAUAUUUCUAAUAAGAAAAAUCAUGUUGUAAAGACGUAUAUUUUAAAAAUGUAAACAAACCAAAAAAUGUAAACAAACCUAAAUUCCACUGCCUCUUUUAAGCAUUAGACCAAUCACUAAAGUUCUAUUCUUGAGAAAUCAGGCAAAAUAAUUUUAAUGAAUUUUAAGCUUCAUUUCCAGUCUUUUCAUUACCAUAAAGGUUCUUUCAGCCAUCAGUAGCUAAUUUUUGCUCACUUCGCAUUGUAUUCCACUUUUUUCUCCUGGUUUCAUUGUUCUAGCAGUGGUGCUGUUAUAGUCCUGCCACUCGUCUGUUUUGAUCAGUGUUAAGAAUUUUCUACUUUAACACAUCUGCUGAUGAUCAUAGUACCAUGCCUUCAUGAAAGGAGAGUUUAAAUAAGAGCAUACCACUAUGUAUGGGACCUCCUCCUUAAACCUAAAAUCAAUUAAUAUGUAUAAUUAUCUGUUGAGGAAUUCUCUUCAAAGAUCAGAUGUUAAAUAUUUCCCAGAUAGAUUUACAUAUUCAAUAAAAACACUGGCUUUAUGUCAUUUUGUGAUAAGGGAUUUAUCUGCAUUUGCAAAAAGUUAUGUAAUCAUUACUAAUUAUAUUUAUUAAACUCAAAUGCAUUAUUUUGAUUUUGGCCUUAUUUCAACACAUCCUAAGAAGCCUUUAUAAAAUACGUAUAUCUUAGAACUGAAUCAGUAAGAUUCAGAGAAAAGUAAAUUGUAGUAAUUCACAGUUUUACAAUAUGCAACUGUCAUAUUUUAUAAGGCUGUUUUGAAAUUGUUUUAAAAGUUAGUCUAUCAAUGUAUAAAUUUAUAUAAUUUGGCUCUUUAUUAUUUUAUGUUAGAACUGGAAGAGAUCUUAAGGAUAAUAUAUGUAGUUUAGUGACCUUCUCUUAUAGAUAAGGAAAGAGAAAUCCUGAGAGGUGAAUUUAAUUAAUCCAUUAAAGUUGAAUCAAUUAAUUAAUCGAUGAAAGUUACACAAUUACAACUUACCAUUGCUCAUACAAUUAGUUGUAAUUAUAGUUAAAAACUUAAUUUUAACAAUAUAGCCUAGUGCAGGACUCUCCCUCUAAUAGGAAGUAGAAACUACUACUAAAAAUGUAGGUAGAAUAAAUUAAAAUAAGCGAUGAUAAGAACAAAUUUAAUUUACCAAUACUGUUAAUUAAAAUUUUAGAUACUAAAAUCUAACUUAAAUAUGGUAAUUUUCUUAGAUAAAACUUUAUUUUACUAAUAAACAAUGAUUUUCUUAGUAACUGGUGAAAGCUUAUUGGUAUCAGGUCUUUAGACAAAAUUGACUUACAUUGGACAUUUAGAUACAUAAUAAAAUUUUAACUACAUAAGUACAUAGAAAAUUAUGUGCCUUGAUUAUUAUGAAGUAUGAUGACUUGAGGUUCGGUUUUACUCCAAAUUUACUUAGAGAUUCUAAGAUUACAUCAUAAAGUUCCAGGUUUCCAUGUUCAGAUAGCAAAGUGAAAUAUAAAAUAUCAACAAAAUGUAGUUAUAAAUUUAGUUUUGGAUAUUUAAUCCUAUUCUCAGGAAAAUCAGUAAGUAAAUUAUUGUUGUUAAUAAUCAUUCUUAACAUUGCUAACCUCUGAGAGGUGAAUAGCUACAUGUAAAUAGAAGGAAUAGCAAAGAAAUUUUAGAGGUUCAAGUGCCAUGAAUGUAUUCUAAUGGAAAUGAAGGUAACAAUAUAUUAAAAUAUUUAUCUAUUUUC